CCACUGCAGCGACCCCUGUAGUAGAAUCGAUCGAUCUAUCUAUCUAUCCAUCCAGAGUUUUCCGCACGAAGUCGAAGCAGUCGAAGUCGGAAGUGUGCUCGGGAGGCCUACGCCGAAGAGUUUGCGAGUCCUCGCGUUGGCACGUUGUUUCCAGCAUCUGUACCAUGGCUGCACAAAUUUUCAACACGCUUGGUAAACUCGGAAUUGGUCUAGCUGUGGCUGGCGGUGUGGCUAACAGUGCCUUGUACAAUGUGGACGGUGGUCACCGCGCUGUGAUCUUUGACCGCUUCACGGGGGUGAAGAACUAUGUGGUUGGCGAAGGCACCCACUUCCUUAUUCCAUGGGUUCAGCGGCCCAUCAUCUAUGAUGUACGUUCACGACCCCGCAAUGUUCCAGUCGUUACCGGAAGCAAAGAUCUGCAGAAUGUGAACAUUACCCUCCGCAUCCUGUUUCGGCCAGUCCAGGAGCAGCUGCCGCGCAUGUACACAACCCUGGGCGUCGACUAUGAUGAGAGGGUGCUCCCUUCCAUCACCAAUGAGGUGCUCAAGGCUGUCGUGGCUCAAUUUGACGCAAGUGAAAUGAUCACUCAGCGUGAGGUGGUAUCUCAGAAGGUGUGCGAUGAGCUUACCGAGAGGGCAUCGCAGUUUGGCGUCAUCCUGGACGACAUUUCAAUUACUCACCUGACCUUUGGCAAGGAGUUCACCCAGGCCGUAGAAAUGAAGCAGGUUGCACAGCAGGAAGCUGAGCGGGCCCGGUUCCUCGUCGAGAAGGCGGAGCAACAGAAGAAGGCUGCUGUGAUCACGGCGGAGGGGGACUCGCAGGCGGCGGCUCUGCUGGCCAAGGCGUUUGGCGAGGCCGGGGACGCCCUUGUGGAACUUCGGCGCCUCGAGGCUGCCGAGGAUAUUUCCUACCAGUUGUCGCGGUCCAGGAAUGUGGUGUACCUUCCGACGGGGCAGAGCACGCUGCUCAGCUUGCCCCAGUAGGAGCCUACAGCACUUCUGCCUCUGUCCGGCUUCCCUUUGGGCCCCAUCUCGUACUUUCUCGAUUCUUUAGUCUUUGUACCACGUGUAUCCCCAGGGGUCGAGAAAAAAAAAAAAAGUUAGAAAACCAAAUAAAGAGAGAUUUUGACAA